AUGUCUGGGGAUGACACAAAUUAUCUUGAUGCUGAUCUAUGGGAACAAUUAAUUUCACGUUACAUUCCACAGUUAGAAAAAUUUUAUUUGCAAUAUAAUUGGAUUUUUGACCAUGACUAUGAAUAUCCAGAGAAUCCUGCAACAGAAGAUCAAUUCAUAUCAUCAUUUUGGAUUGAACGACAAUGGACAUUCGAAUCUAAAGUCAAAAAUAUGUCUAUUGAAUAUUUUGUUUGUCCAUACAGAAAACAAUGGCACGAUUAUGAACAAGGUAGAACUUUUAAUUUUUCUAAAUCUAAUCUACUCACUGUUACAUAUAAUUAUCCUAACAAUUAUGAUAAUUUCAUUCGAAUGGAUGUUAAAUGUGCUUUAUAUGUAGUAAAAUACUAUCGUUUGAAAAUUCAAAACAAAGAACUUAAUAUUAGUGCAUUAAUCCAAGCAAUAAAUUUGUUACCAGAACUUGAUACAUUAAAAAUUCAUUCUUUAUAA